AUGGCUCCCUAUCUUCCUCGACUGGCUCUCUACGGAGCAGCAUCGACAGCUCUAGCAGGAUCGGUCGUGGCAUCUUCUUUCCAGAAUGCUCCGAAUUUCUUCGCGGCAGCGGUAGCAAUUGGCAGGAGCAGUGGUGCGCUAAUGAUCCUAGCCAACUUUGCUCUUUUCAACGUCAUUUGCCUCGGUAUCGUAUUCAAGAUGGUGUUCUUCGGUCAACUCAGGUCCAUAGAGUACGAGCACCUCUUUGAAAGGCUAUGGCUCUUCGUCACUGAGUCUUUGCUUGCGUUGACCAUCUUCCGUCGAGACUUUUCCAUCUCUUUCGUCAUCAUGUACGGAACAUUACUGUUUCUGAAAUGCUUUCACUGGAUCACAGCAGAUCGAAUAGACUAUAUGGACCAAGUCCCUCCACCUGGUCCCUCGACUUCGUUUCACGUCCGAGCGAUCAGUGUCAUCCUCUUACUUUCCGCCAUGGACACUCUUCUCGUCGCUUACUGUCUGGAAGCUAUCUCUGCAGAGGGUAUCUCUGCAAAAGUGUUAUUCGCUUCGGAGUUCAUGAUCCUCCUAGCGUCGAUCAACGGGACGUUUGCAAGAUACAUCAUCGGGGUGCUUGAUCUGCGCCGGGCCCGCGGGAGGGAAGAUGCACCUACUUGGGAGGCAAAAUCAAUGUACAUUUUCUACGUCGACCUGGCGGUCGACUUUGCCAAACUCCUCACUUAUCUAGCCUUCUUCACUGUCAUCUUCCUCCAUUACGGUCUCCCCCUCCAUAUCCUUCGAGAUGUCUAUAUGACCCUCCGAUCAUUCUUAUCUCGCUGUGGCGAUCUGAUUCGAUAUCGUCGAGCUACACGAGACAUGGAUGCGCUGUACCCUGAUGCCACGCCAGAAGAGAUGGAACGAUUAGGAGACAAGACGUGUAUCAUCUGUCGAGAGGAGUUGGUCGUCAGGAGUCCCGGCGAGAGUGGCCCUGCAGCGGAUGGAGGACCGAACGACACGCCGAAAAAAUUGGUCUGUGGGCACGUCUUUCAUUUCUACUGUCUCCGAAGUUGGUUGGAGAGGCAGCAAAGCUGUCCCACUUGCCGGAGAGAUGUACUUCGGCCUACUACCUCAGCGACUCGAUCAGCAGCGAGGGCUGCCCCGGCGGCCGCUCCAGCUCCAGGUCCUCAUCCGCAGCCAACCAACGCUCCUCCACCAAAUCCCGCAAACGUUCUUCCGACAGCACAGAACCCUGCUGCUAGUCCCUUCCACGUGACUCUCGACGAUUACUUCCCCCUCCGCGGUGGAGCACCACAGACUCAACCGACACAAUCGAGUCCCUCAGCACAGGCAGACCCGGCCAAUGGACCUAGUCAGCCUGAAGUGGAUCUACAGACGGGCAUUUGGGGAGGUCCUAUUACGCUUGGAAGAUUCUUUCCUGUCCCACUCGGCGCAGCACCCAGACUCGCUCCUACUCCGUCUAACGCGACCGUUCGUUUCAACAUUUCGGACAGGUCCGCUUUGUCUACCCAGAACAAUACGAGUCCUCACUCAGCCACGACUCUCACUACUGUUUCAUCCUCUGAGCCCCCUCCGACGUCCUCCUCGAUCACCGUGUCGUCCGAAGACGAGGAGGAAAUUGGGGCGAUCGAUACCUCUCCUGAGGAUGCUCGGAGACAAGCCGCUGAAGCUGCGAUGCGAAGAUUGGGUCUGGCACCACCGUCAGCAGAAAGUGCCAUGCGGCGAACUCGUAUGGCCCAAGCUCGACCACUUUCCAGCCCAGACUCCUCAUACGUCCUACCGACGCUGGAUCGGAAGGGUAAAGGCAGAGCUGAAGGGCCUGAGGAGACGUGGGACGAUGCGCCAAAAUACACGCCAUACCUUUCGGAUCCCAUGGACACCGAACGGAUGUGGACGCGCUCCUCUCGCCUCUCUCCCGCCUUAUCUAAUGUCUUAUCGGGCGAGCCGGGCUCGGCGUUUCCCAAUGAAUCUGGGCCGGGUAUAUCAGCUGUAGAGGAACGAUUGCGGACGCUGAGACAGGUGGAUAAUGCCAUUUGGGGACUUGUGGGCGAAUUGACCAGGCUGAAGACUAAGUGGGAUGAGGAAGGUUCAUCGGGGACUGCGGAAGUAAAUGGUAUGGGGAAGAGUCAACAUCAACCUGAUCGACACGAGGAGCGUCAGACUGAUAGCUGA